CAACGGUCAUCUGGAAUCCAAUCUCUCUCGCUACUCUCUACUUUCUCCCUCUUUCCUCGCUAAUUUUUUCACUCUGUCUGGUUAAUUUUUAUUUCUCCCUCAAAAAAAUCUGCUUCUUCAGCUCUUUUAGAUUUUAUAUACAACUGCCGUUAAAGUUCAGGAAAGAAAAAGUCAAACAAAUGGAGGGCUCCGAUAGUAAGAGUAUCGCAUCAAAAGCGUUGGUCAAAAUCAAAUCCUCUUCAACCAGUACAGAUGAGAAUGCUGAAUGUACAGGCUUGCAAAACUCUAAGAGAUCUACAACAACAAAGCAUUUUAUGUCACCGACUAUAUCAACAGCUUCAAAAGCCAUUGCUCCAAGAAAGAAAAUUUUAGCUGAAAGGAAUGAAAUUUGUGAUACCCAUAUCCCAAAACCUUCAAAUUUCAGCCUUUCUGAUGAUUCUUUGUCAUUUAGUGAUGAUUCAACCAUUAAAUCUUAUGAUCCUUUAAAAAAUUGCACCUCACCAAGGCCUAAGUUUCUUAGAUAUAAGCCUGAUAGAAGAAGAGAGUUUGUCAAGCAGGAAAUUAAGGUCAAAGGAAUGAAAGAGGAGGCUACUUUAAUUUGUGCUUCUGAAAAAGGUUUUGUGAAGGAGGAAGUUGAAGAGGAAGAGGAGGAGGAGGAGGAGGAGGAGAGAGAGGGAUUUUUGAGAAGGAUUUUUAAGUUUGUUCUUGUGCUGUUUGUUUUGGUGUUCUCUACUUUGUAUAUAUCUUCUAUGAACUCUCCAACAUGUUCUCAUGCUUUUCAAUCUAUUGAGGGUCUUAAAGAUAGGUGGUACCCUAAGAUUCAUGAUGGUGUAUAUGAGGCCAUGAGGAGUCUUAGGGGUGAAGAUCAUUUCUUCAGAACAAUGAAGUUUAAGGACUUUCUGAAGAUAUGCACGGGUGGUAGUGAGUUUGUGGGAGAAUAUGUGGGUUUAAUGAAGUUAAACCAGACUUUUAUUAAUGAGAGAUUUGAAGGAGGAGAGAUAGUUGAAGAAGAGAGUGAUAAUCUGGGUGAAGUGGUGGAGCUGCAGGGUGGAGACAAUAAAAAUUUUGGUGAAAUGGUAGAGCUACGAGCUGGAGAAAGUGAAAACUUAGAGGGUUUUGAUCAGAUGGUUGAAGAUGUUAACUUGGAUAAAGUUGAAGAAGUGGGUGAUAAUUUGGGUGGGGUGGUGGAGCCAAAGGGUGGAGAGAGUAAAGAUUUUUGUGAAAUUGUAGAGCUACAAGUUAGUGAAACUGAAAAAGUAGAGGUUGCUGAUCUGAUACUUGAGAAUUUUGCGUUGAAAUGGACAGAAGAAUAUGCAGAGAAGCCUGAAUCUUUUGAUGAUAAUAAAAAAAGUGAGGCUGUAAAUGAACCAGUUCAAGAAGUUAACAAUGUGGUCGCCAGGGGCUCUAAAAUGGUUGAAAGUGAACACAUCACUGACAUUGAAACUCUCAAUUCUGAAGCAGAGAGUACUUCGAAGGAGGGCCUUUUGGAGCAAAUUGAAACUGAUAAUACUUUCAUGGCUGCAGUGGGUGUUGCUUUACUCUUUGCAGUUAUGGUAUCUAAGUUAAUGGCUUUUAACCUUAAGAAGAAGAGAACUAUUAGAGAAGAAUCUCCUCCAAUCUUAAGGCCUUGCAGUAAUGAAUCUGAGGUAAUGGAGAAAUAUGUCUCAGAAAUUCCUAAAGAGAGAGAGGAGUACGCCAAAUAUAUCAAUUCUAAAGAUGUGUACCAAAGCCGAGGCCCAUCAAUUGAGUUACCACUAGCUUCUAACCUUAAGAAGAAGAGAAAUAUUAGAGAAGAAUCUCCUCCAAUCUUAAGACCUUGCAGUAAUGAAUCUGGGGUAAUGGAGAAAUUUAGCUCAGAAAUUCCUAAAGAGAGAGAGGAGUAUUCCAAAUGUAUCAAUUCUAAAGAUGUGUACCAAAGCCAAGGCCCAUCAAUAGAGUUACUAGCCGAGUUUGAGGUGGGGGAGAUCAGUUCAGCCUUUAGAAGAGUUGGUAUGAAGAAAAGUAGGAUUGAAGAAAGUGAAAUGAGCAGCCAUUCUGUUCCCUUGUACAAGGAGUUUGCCAAUUGCAAUAAGACUCAUUCAAUUUCCAGUGAUGCUCUGUCAGAUUUUUCAGAGUUCUCUGCCAUGAAUUCCUUUUCCUAUGCAUACAUUACUCCCGAGAAGAAAAUUUCAAAGAAAGAGGAUGUUCGAGAUGGAGAGGCAAGGAAGGUGGCUACAUCUGCAGUGAGGAGAUCAAGCAGACUUCGAAACCGCGCAAUCACAUCUCCAUGAAUUCUUCUCACUUGCAGCAUAUGAAACGCCACUCUCUGUUGUUUCAUAUUAAGCCUGUUUCAACUGAGAAUCACUAGAGACAAAGAUGACUCUUAGCUGUAAAUUUUUAUCUGUUCUAACUUUUUAGGAGCUUCUCAUUUCUGUAGCCUAAAUAAAACUUCCUUCCCUAUCAUGAUAUGAUAAUUAAUGAUUUCCAUGUUUCAUCUCCACUUCCUUCUAGUUCCUUUUUACUAUUCUUUUUGUUUUGCCUUUUGCAUUCUUGUAUCUAUCUGAAGUUGUAAGCUUAUACUUAUCAGUUGAUUGGUGACUAAAGCACCCAUGAUAUUUGUGUA